CCCGACCGUUUACCGCAUCUUGAUUUAUUCUUUCCUUUUAUUCCCUACAGACUGCUCUCGACCUCGACCAGGAGCCUUGUGUGCCUUUUCGUUCGUUUUGUCAAAUCGUCCAAGCACCCUUGGGCACCUUGUUGUCACUCUUCAGCCAAAAUGAAUUCCACCUACGCCGCCCCCGUAACCUACAGCGACCACUUCAACGACAUCGCCCAAUACAAUGUCCACCUCAACGUUUUCGAAAAGGCUUGGGCGGCUUGGUAUGCCUACAUGCAGAAUGAUGUCCUCGCCACGGGCAUCAUGUCAUUUGUCAUGCAUGAGGUGGUCUAUUUUGGCCGCUGCUUGCCGUUCAUGAUCAUGGACAAAAUCCCGUACUUCCGCAAGUACAAGAUCCAAGGUCAAAAAAUGCCGACCCUAGCUGAACAAUGGGCAUGCGCGAAACUUGUCCUCCUCUCUCACUUCACUGUCGAACUCCCCCAGAUCUGGCUCUUCCAUCCUAUGGCUCAAUACUUCGGCUUGGCGACAACCGUUCCUUUCCCUCCAUGGACCAAGAUGGCAUGGCAAAUCGCUUUGUUUUUUGUCCUCGAAGACACAUGGCAUUAUUGGUUUCACCGACUGCUCCAUACACCUCGCCUGUACAAGAUGAUUCACAAGCUGCACCAUCAGUACAGCGCGCCUUUCGGCCUUGCUGCUGAAUACGCUUCGCCAAUCGAGACCAUGAUCCUCGCCUUCGGUGCCGUCGGUAUCCCUAUCGUCUUCUGCGCCUUCACCAAAGAUCUCCAUAUCUUGACAAUGUACUUGUGGAUUAUCGGGCGCUUGUUCCAGGCCAUCGAUGCUCACUCCGGGUACGAAUUUCCUUGGAGCUUGCAUCACUUCCUCCCUUUUUGGGCCGGUGCUGAUCACCACGAUGUCCACCACGAAAAAUUCCUCGGAAACUACUCCAGCUCUUUCCGAUGGUGGGAUGCGGUGAUGGAUACCGAAGCUGGAAGUGUUACGGCUCAAAAGAAGAGGGAGAAAAAGACCGCCGCCACCAAGAAGGUGGAAUAAACUGUCAAAAUUAUCUGUGCAUGAUAAUUCCAGGACGAAGCCUCGGCCAACUUCGUUGUACAUAUUUGGUCGAACAUGAAAAUUUCUCAGAGCAUGGAAUGGCGCAUGAGCGGGCGUUGAUUUGCAGGUUAUAGACCGGACUUGGUGAUGGCACAGAGUUUGAAUAGUCUCGCGACAGCCGUAAUGAUGAAUAUUGUUAUCGUCCCAGA